UUCUAAACUUUUACCAGGUUUAAGUUAUGGUUAACGACUCCAGCUGGUGGGUCCCCCGAUCUUGACUAAGUUUUGGUCUGGGUCGCUUAUUUCCAGCAGUGGGUUGAUUUAUAGAGAGGAAUCCCUAGUUUUAAUAGUAUGUCUGGUUUACGGUUUUAAAUGAAAAAACAACAGGAAGAGUGAUUGUGACCCCUCUGAAACUCCGCAUUUGGUUUUUAGAGAAAAGUAGUGUUUCAGGGAUAUCUGUUGGGGUUCUAGGCUUCUUGUAUGCAAUCCUGAUGUAAAAUUAGCAGAGAAGCCAUAUGCACUCAUUUGGCUGAAAAUUUAGGAUAAGGGUACAUUGAUUUAUGAGUUUCUGAUGUGGAUUUUUCUGCAUUGGUGGUUUCUGAGUUAACUGCAGGAUUUGCUUGCGAAAUUUGUGGAGGGUUUGAAUUGGGUAGAAUAUUAGUUUGGUGUUAGGAUUCGACAAACAUUGGUAUGAUUGAAUGUAGGAGUCUUAGUUUGAUGUUUUAUGCUUCAAAAGGUCUGACAAGAUCCAAUUUUUGGCUAUUUUUGGGUUACUGACAAAGUUUGGACCAGUUUUCUAGAGUGGGGAGCAGAAACAAGAAUUCUAGCCAUCUGGGUAUAAGUCAAUUGGAGAAAUUCGGUUGGAAAUAUAUGAAUUUUGUUGUUUUGGGAAGAAAUUAGAAUUAAUGUUAUUCCAGUUUUUUGGGUAUUUCAAGCGUAAGUUGACUGAUAAGUUUUGCUGUUCAACAAUCUCUGGAGACUGGAUUUCCGUCAUAUCGAUUACAUGUUGAUGAAUUAGUCUGGUGGCGGAAUUGGUCGGGCGAUGGAUGGAUGACAGGAAAUAUAAAUUUCCGAAUAUCGAAAGGUCUUGACUUAUGAGAAUUUAUUGGUUACCAUGAUCUUUUGAGGACUGCUUUGACAAUUUCACAUAAUGGUCCGAAUUCUUAAUACAAUUGGGGUGUGUUGGUUACUGCUGUUGGUCGGUUUACAUGGCUCUGCAUCUGCUGAUUCUAAGUCCAAUGACUUUGGAAUAAGGCAGCUCCCUGAAACUGAAGUAUCCAAUCAACUUGUUACAGAACCCAACAUUGGUGGAUCGAAGACAGAGGUUUAUUCUGACCAGAAAAACGAGCUUCAGGGAGGCAAGAAGGAUGUGGAGAGAAGGGUGGCAGUAUCUACUGUGGCCUUGUGUACACUGGCAAUGGCAGCUGCGACAGGCUUAGGAGCUUUGCCUUUUUUCUUUGUGGAUUUGGAGGCACAAUGGGCUGGAAUAUGCAACGGGCUUGCAGCGGGGGUUAUGUUGGCAGCAAGCUUUGACCUUGUGCAAGAAGGGCAGAAAUAUGGAGGGGGAAGCUGGGUUGUAUUUGGCAUUUUGGCAGGAGGGAUUUUCAUUUUAUUAUGUCAAAAGUAUCUUGAGCGAUUUGGUGAAGUUAGCAUGCUGGACAUAAAAGGUGCUGAUGCCCGAAAAAUUGUGUUGGUUGUUGGAAUAAUGACUCUUCAUUCAUUUGGAGAAGGUUCUGGUGUUGGGGUCUCCUUUGCUGGUUAUAAGGGACUAUCACAAGGCAUUUUGGUAACCAUAGCCAUUGCUGUACAUAACAUUCCAGAAGGCUUAGCUGUUAGUAUGGUUCUAUCUUCGCGGGGUGUUUCUCCACGUCAUGCAAUGAUUUGGAGUGUAAUUACAUCUUUGCCUCAGCCUUUGGUAGCUGUUCCAGCAUACCUCUGUGCAGAAUCUUUCCACAAGUUCUUGCCAUUCUGCACAGGUUUUGCCGCAGGAUGUAUGAUAUGGAUGGUAAUGGCAGAAGUUGUGCCUGAUAGCUUUAAGGAAGCAUCUCCAUCACAAGUUGCAUCAGCUGCUACACUGGCAGUAGCAUUUAUGGAGACACUGAGUGCAGUCCUUGAGUCUGUUGAACAAGGACAAAGUAGUUGGGACAAUAUGUCAGGCUUCUUGGUUUCACUUCUUUUUGGCCUCGGACCUUUCCUUGGAGGUCUCAUUCUUGUAAUUUUUGCAACUGCGGUCAAGAUGCAACAUUCUUUUCUUACUGGAAUAGCUUCAGGCAUAGCUAUUGUUCUAGCAGCAUGGAGACCGUUGCAACUAUGUAUGGCAGGCAAAAUGGGUAUAUUAUAUGAUGUAAGUUUGCUGGGUGGAGGUGCUCUUUUCUUUUAUGUGAUAAGCAUCAUGGCAGAUUCAAAAUUUUCUCAAAGAAGAGCUGGUGGAAGUGACACCAUUCAGAUGACAAGAUUCGUAAGUCCCCUUGCCUUGAAGGCUUUUUUAGCUUCUGGAGCAGUGGCUCUACAUGCAUUUGCAGAAGGGCUUGCUUUGGGUGUUGCUGCACCUAAAGCUUAUGGCAUGGGCAGACAUAUGAUGCUACCUGUCUCUCUGCAUGGACUUCCAAGAGGUGCUGCUGUAGCCAGCUGUAUAUAUGGUGCAACUGAUAGCUGGCGUGGUGCUCUUUUUGCUGCAGCCUUUACUGGGUUUGCUGGUCCAGUUGCUGCAAUUGGAGCUAUUUUGGCAGGGAUUGAUUACACAGGGCUUGACACAUGGAUGGUUUUUGCAUGUGGUGCUCUGCUUCCUGCAUUUGGAGGCAAUCUUCUCCUUCGCUUCUAUAAGUUAAGUUCAAAGCAUGCAUCAUAUGGGUUGGUAAUGGGUAUGGCAUUUGCAUUCAUAUGCCUUACUAGCACAAGACUGGUUUGUUUGCAUACUCCAUAUUGUAAUUCAGCUCCUGAAGCUGUAACAUAACAGCAUAUGCUAGUUAUUUCGUAGACAAAAUAGAUUUUUUCCUGUUUUAUAAUGAAGUAUUGUUGGUCUAGUAAGGCCCUAGGAUAGCUCAUUCUUCUGAUGUCUGAUGGCACUGAGUGGAACUGAGUUUUGACAAAUGAUGUUCCAAUCCACUUUUUUCAAGUCAAUUAUAUUUCAGGCAAAUUCCAUGACAACUGCAAUGAGGCCAAGUGAAAUGUUUUCUUCUGCAAAUGUCUUCGUAUUGAACUAUCAGGAGGAGAUAUCAAAUGACUUCGGAAUUUGGGUUGGUGGUUUACAAAAACCACAAUCAAAAUUAAAAAUGUAGGAUGUAAAUUUAUUUAGACAAAAUCGUCUACUAAUUCAGAAAGUGAUCACGUCUUUGUUCUAAUUAGAAAUUGGGGCGUUUUCCUUA